AUGAGAGCAGUGCGCUCGGAUGACAUCGGGAUCCUCCAGAAUCUCACGCGUCAAACGACCGGUCUCACGGCAUACGAAUUGCGUGUCCUGAACAAGAAACGGUCAUGGCUGCGCGCCUACAGCCCGAAUCCGCCCUCCUCGACAGCAUCGCUGCGGGCGUACGCACGCGCACUGGCAGCGACGCUCGUGUUCGCGCAGGAAGAGGCAGGGACGGCAGUGUGCAUCGACGAGUCGGGCCUGGUGCUGACGUGUUCGCAUUGCGUUGCGGAGGAUGCGGAUGAGCUGCGGGAGGGCGCGAGCCCCGGCCGGAUGAUGAUUUUCGCAGACGGACGCGUCGUGCGCGCGGAGUGGAUCGUCUGGGACGCGCGUCUAGAUCUGGCUUUGCUCCGCAUAGUCGCGGCGGAGCCCUCCCCACAUGAAUCCUCCCCACUUUCUUCCUCCACCUCUUCGUUCCCGUUCGUUCCCGUCUCCCACACCGCACCCAAGUCCCGUGCGCGGUUGCUCUGCAUUGGCCACCCGGGCUCAGAUGACCUCGAGUCCGUCGUUCCGGGCACGAAGACGGGCUACGACACGCUCUUCAUCAGCGAGGGGCGCUUCAGAGGGAUGUGUCCCGGCCAGGACGUCAUGGAUAACAGUGAGAUUGGGGCGCUCAUGCACGAUUGUUGGACGUAUUGGGGGCACAGCGGGGCACCACUAAUCGAAGCGGAUGGCGGCGAGCUCAUCGGACUGCAUAGUAGCUGGGACGAGGACACCGGGAUGCGCCGAGGCGUCGGAUGGGCGGCUUUGCAGAGCUUCUGUCGUGAACAUGUCUGGGUUUGA